CUGUUUCUGACAUUAUUGCUUCCGCUGUGGGCCACUGCGCUACAGGAUUACAAGGAUUAUAAGCUCUUGGAGCUGCAAGCACAAUCUAUAUCUGAACAUCGGACGUUCAUGCAACUGGCCCAGAAAUUUAACAUCGAUUUGAUGGGACAGCGUCGGUUCAGCAACAAUGAGAGCGUUCGCAUUUUGAUGGACCCGAAUAAGGCCGACGCGGUCUUGGCCCAACUUGAACACCACAAUUUAAAGCAUCAAGUUUUGGUCGAUGACUUGGCACCAUUGGUGAAGGCACAGCAUGAAGAGAAUUUACGCAGCAAGGCCCGUUUUCAAUUGCCAUACAUUGAGGCCAUCGGAGGUUUCUAUACUCACGCCGAGAUCAAUGCUUAUUUAGAUAGCCUGCCAGAGCGCUAUCCGUUUCGUGCAUUUGUCAAGAACUUUGGGCGUAGCUUUGAGGGACGCACCAUUAAGGUCCUUACCAUCACCAAUGGAGAUGGACAUCCAAAUAAGCCCAUUAUAUUGAUAGAUGCAGCAAUGCAUGCACGUGAAUGGAUUGCGCCCUCAAUGGCUCUUUACAUAAUUGAACAGUUGCUAGACCAUUAUGAGGAUAAUCAUGAGCUGUUGAAUGAAUACGAUUGGUUCAUAAUACCGGUCGUAAAUGUCGAUGGCUAUGAGUAUACGCAUACAGCUGAGCGCUAUUGGCGAAAAACCCGUCGACCCACCACUGAUCCAGAAUGCAUUGGUACCGACCUAAAUCGAAACUUUGGUUACGAGUGGGGUCUAGAUGAAGGCUCAUCGGAUGAUCCUUGCGAAGAUAUUUACCGUGGAGAGUACGCGUUUGACCAACCCGAAGCACAGAUGCUACGUGAUGUAAUGCUGCACUAUAGUGGACGUCUGACGUGGUAUCUCUCACUACACUCUUAUGGCAAUUACAUACUCUUGCCCUGGGGCCACACAAAAGAAUUGCCCGAGGGCUAUGACGAUAUGUUCUAUGUGGCGGAUGCUGGCGCGAUGGCCAUUGUGCAGGCAACCAAUGGCAUUUAUACAUAUGGCAGUGCUUAUCACGUUCUAUAUGCUACGUCUGGUGACUCGACAGAUUAUGCUGUGGGCGUGGCAAAUGUGUCUGCAGCUAUGACACUGGAGUUACCUGCCGGCGGCUUUGUAGGAUUCGAUCCGUGGGUGUCUCAAAUUGAAGGCAUACUGACAGAGACCUGGAUAGGAGUGCACGCCAUGGCUCUAGAGGUGAUAAGGCGUUACUAAAGAUAAAGAAUUUGCUAGCUUCCAAAUCAUAAAUAAAGAUAUAACUAUUUGGCGAGUAAAACAUA